AUGCCGUACGUCGUCGAGGGUUGGCAGGCCAUGCUGCGGGACCAGCCCGAGACCGUGCCGACACCGGUGCCCUACACCACAGACCCGUUUGCGUCUCUGGCCAGCAGCGACGACGACACGGACGGCAAGGUGCAGGAAGACCACGUUCUGCUGCAGCGCCGUGCCGGGUUUGGCGGCAUACUCAAGUGGGGUCUGGGCUACGGCGUCGACAUGCUGCUGCGCGCCAAGGACAACGGCAAGCUGUGCGUGCCGGCGUCGUUCUGGCGACCGCAGUACGAGCAGGCGCUGGCAGAGCUGCGAGCCGAGGCUGUAGCCGCAGGCACAGACCCGGCGGCUGUCUUUUUGACGGAGAACGACGUGGUCACGGCCUGGAUCAUUCGCUGUGUCGUGCGGCUGCAGACAGACGUGCGAGCCGACCGGACCGUGUCGGGGUCGAUUGUCAUGUCGCUGUGCAAGGCAUUUGAGGGCGGCGACGACGACAGCGGCGCGCUGCUGCCACCGGCCGAUCAGCACCGUCCCUAUGUCGGCAACGCCUUUGGCUGGGGCAACGUGCUCGUGACGGCCGGCGACGUGCGACAGCGGCCGCUCAGCUGGCUCGCUCGCUCGGUCCGUCGCACCAUCAACAGCCAAGGCACGCGCGCCCAGCACCGGGCCUACUACAGGCUCGUGCGUCAAGCAGGCACCGGUCUGCCAGUCGUCGUCUUUGGCGACAGCAACAUGACUCAGAUCGGCUUCUCCAACUGGUCCAAGGCCGGCCUGUUCGACUUCGACUUUGCGCCGGCCCGCCAGACGUCCAUAGCCGGUGCAGCAACGAGCCUGGCGCCCUGUCGGCCGUCGUACGUGCAGGAGAAUCAUGGGCCUGUCAAGCCGGUCGACGGUUUCUUCAUCCUCGGCAAGGACGCCUUGGGCAACUACUGGGCCUCGGCCUGCAAGCUCAAGGGACAGUGGGCGCAGCUGCAGCAGAUGCUGGAACGGGAACCCGCCAGCGCGGACGCAAAGGAUGAAUAG